CACGGAACCGUAGUCAGCGUCCGUCUGGCUACCUAUCGAAAUGGUGUCCCUAAAGGUCAUGCUUAUGUGGAAUUCUCUAAUGCGGACGAAGCCAGCCGCGCCCUAAUUGCCACCGAUGGCUUAAUGGUCGGUUCAAAAAACAUUUCAGUUGCCAUUAGCAAUCCACCGGUUCGAAAUGAUCCUCACUCCAAACUGGGCUACAGUGGGACGGCGGAUACAAAAGUCGCAGAGACCAAGACCGGUAACUCUGUAAAACCGCCGCAAUUUGCCGUGCCCAGUGCUCCCGUCGGUAAACCGUAA